UUGUAAAUUUGCGCUGGAAGAUAAAAGUGGGACGUGUUAACACGUCUACUUGUGCACUUGUUAAGCAUAAGAUUUGGUUAAUUUGACAAUAGGUUAAAGGGCACACGCAAUAAUGAGUUUGUACAAUUUCAAGAAAAUUGCAGUUGUCCCUGCUGCAAAGGACUUCAUCGAUAUAAUCUUGUCAAAGACUCAGCGUAAAACUCCAACUGUUAUACAUAAGAACUACAAAAUCGCAAGAAUACGCGCGUUUUACGUGCGUAAAGUGAAAUUUACACAACAAAAUUUUCACGACAGGCUGUCUCAAAUUAUACAAGAAUUUCCCAAGUUAGACGAUGUUCAUCCAUUUUAUGCUGAUUUAAUGAACAUCCUGUACGAUAAGGAUCAUUAUAAAUUAGCUCUUGGUCAGAUAAAUAUAGCAAGGCAUUUAAUUGACAACGUAGCAAAGGAUUACGUUCGAUUGAUGAAGUACGGAGAUUCAUUAUAUCGAUGUAAACAGUUGAAGAAAGCUGCUUUGGGUCGUAUGGCAACAAUCAUGAAGAGGCAAGCUGCGAAUUUAGCAUAUUUAGAGCAAGUUCGUCAACAUUUAGCCCGUUUACCUAGCAUAGAUCCCUACACACGGACCAUAAUAAUAUGUGGUUUCCCAAAUGUUGGUAAAAGUAGUUUCAUAAACAAGAUCACCCGUGCCGAUGUGGAGGUUCAACCGUACGCAUUUACAACAAAGUCGUUAUACGUUGGUCAUACAGACUACAAAUACUUGAGAUGGCAGGUAAUCGAUACACCUGGAAUUUUAGAUCAUCCGUUGGAAGACAGAAACGUGAUAGAAAUGCAGGCAAUAACCGCACUCGCACAUUUACGAGCUGCCGUACUUUACUUUUGCGAUAUAUCGGAACAAUGUGGUCAUAAUUUAGAAGAACAGGUGAAACUAUUCGAAUCGAUUAAACCUUUGUUUGCUAAUAAACCUUUAACGGUUGUGGUAAACAAAGUGGAUGUUUUACGUUUGGAAGAAGUUUCGGCUGAGAAACGAACACUGUUGAAAUCGUUGGAGGAUAAUGAUGUGCCUGUGUUAGAAAUGAGUACGAUAACGGACUUUGGAGUAAUGGACGUUAAAAUACAAGCGUGUGAACGUCUGUUAGCUUUCCGAGUGGAUCAAAAGAUGAGAACGAAAAAGGUAGAGGGACUGCUGAAUCGUUUGCACGUUGCGCAACCGACACCGAGGGAUGAAAAAGUUCGCGCUCCUUGUAUUCCAGAGAGCGUUUUGAAAAAGAGACAAGAUAUGGAAACAGCAUUGAAGUCGAAGCGAAAACUGGAACGAGAAAUAGAGGAAGAAAUGGGAGACGAUUACAUGCUCGAUUUGAAGAAGAACUACGACAUCGAGGGCGAGCAGAAGUACGAUAUAAUUCCUGAGAUUUGGGAAGGACACAAUAUCGCUGAUUACAUCGAUCCAGAUAUAUUCGAUAAAUUAAAUAAACUGGAAAGGGAAGAACAGCUUCGAGAAGAGGCGGGAAUGUACGAUUACAAGGUGCCGGAAUUGUCCGAGACGAUGCGGGAUAUCGUAGAAUUGGCUAAGCAAAUUCGAGAAAAGAAAGCUAUAAUGAAAGACGAAGCCCGGAUACUGAAGGCUUCCACGAAACCUGCGCUACCGCGUACAGCACUGGCUAAGGUUCGAGAUAGAUCGGUAUCGCAGUUGAAAGAACAAAUGGAAGAGUUAGGUGUCGAUAUGGAAGAUAGUGAAAACGCGCAUUUCACGAAAACUAGGGGACGUGCGAGAUCGUUGUCGCAACCCGCUAGGAAACGCAUGAGAAUGGAUUCCGUGUCUCAGUCGAGAGCUCGAAGCAGCUCGAGACCAGCGCGCGACGAUAUGGGCGUGAAAGAUGACGCGAUGAAAACGAAAUUAAAGAACAUUGCGCACAAAGCUUUAAAGAAAAAGAUAGCGAGAAAGGGGUUAAAAGGAGAAGCGGAUCGAUUCAUCGGGACGAAAAUGCCAAGGCACUUGUUCUCAGGGAAACGAGGCGUCGGCAAAACAGACAGAAGAUAAUAAUAUUUACAAAUUAUUGCUUUCUCAAAUAUUUUUAUGAUUGUAUUUGUA